ACGUCGGCAUCAAUUUAGAAAAAAAAUAUGAAAGUAAUUUGAGAGGAUAAAUUUCCUUAUGGGAAAUUAAUCUAAUUACAAAAAUUGAAGCAAAAUAGAAAUGAGCAACUGAAAAGCGCGGGAAACGAAAGGGGCGAUAUAAAAUUAGGGUUUCAGCGAAAGAGCAGAGAGUGGCAGGCGAUCGUUGUUUUUUGCUCUUCGAUGGACGGUAAAGAUGAAGGAUCCUCGGAUUCUGCGGCGCCGGUCGCCGUCGAUCUGAGCAAAGGUUGCGCCGCGGCGGACCUGACGGGGAAGGUGCAUCAGUUGCCGUGCUGCAUCAAGCACGAUGGGCCCACCCCUGUUUCUGACUACUUCAAGCCCAAACCCACCGAGAUGGAGCUAGAUGGGCUAAAAGUGGAGGAAGCACACUUCCGAGGGAGGAAAUUACACGGAACCACUGUUUCUCUUCCACGUGGCUAUUCUGGUUACAUCCUACGAAAGAGAGGUCAUGAUCAAUGGAAUAAUGACACAGAUUUGCACUGCUGGGAGACAGCUGCGACUUUUCAAGAUAUCACAGUCUGGAAUCAUGAUGCAAUCCCCUCAAAGGAUGAUGCAUUCUUGCGCACCUUUCAUUGGUUUACCGUUGCCAAUGCUCUGCAUCAAACAGUAACUGCUGAAGAUCUGGAAUCGGCGUGCAUUGAUUAGGAGCUGGUUUGAUUUUACAGUGACCAUUUCCCAGCUAAAUAUAAUGACAACCUGACUAGUCAGGAAUGUGCAUUGAGUUUGUCUCUGCUUCACAAUUUGGUUUUAUGCAAAAUAUUGUCCAUCUAUAAUUCCUUGCUGUUAAAUAUGGGUAGGAGUAUUAUUUGUCUUUCAUUGAUUCUCUUUCGUUGGUCUUUGCUUUAAAUCGAAUUAGUGUUUUAAGUUGUAGACAAGUGUACCCACUUGAGCGAAAAUUUUAAUUAACAGUAGUUGAAGUCCACGGUUCAUAGCUGUUGGAGAAAUAGUGGUUGGCUCUUUAGUAUAGAUGCAUUGAGCUUAUUGCUCCACUAUGUUGAUUUAUUCUCAAUUGUUUUAAAGGGUAUCUGAAAUUGUUUAGUUCUUGUGAGGAAAUAGUUGUGACUUGAUGUAGUGGAUGAUGCUACUUUGAUGCAAUUCUUAUAAUCAAUUUAUAUAUUCAGAUUA